AUGGCAUGGCAACUAUUUAGUCUUACUUCAAUUACGAUCACGAGAACGUAACUCUGAGCAAUAUAAAUAAAUUAUAUAAAUCAGUAAGAUUUUAUAAAACCUUAUAAUAUAUUAAAUAUAUUUUACAUAUCAAGAAAAUGGCAUUUGCUGGAAAAGUUGUAUUAAUAACUGGAGCUAGUUCUGGCAUUGGAGCAGCAACUGCUGUACAGUUUUCACAACUUGGUGCAUUAUUAUCAUUAACAGGUCGUAAUAUACAGAAAUUAAAUGAAGUCGCUGAACAAUGUAAGCCUGACAAACCAUUAAUUGUAACCGGAGAACUAACUAAUGAAAGUGAUGUUGAAAAUAUUGUCAAAUCCACUAUUAAACAUUAUGGUAAACUGGAUAUCCUAGUUAAUAACGCUGGUAUAUUAGAAAAUGGAGGCAUAGAGAACACUUCAUUAGAACAAUAUGACAGAGUUUUCAACAUAAAUGUACGUUCAAUAUAUCAUUUAACAAUGUUGGCUGUUCCAUAUCUAGUAGAAUCUAAAGGUAAUAUUGUGAAUGUAUCAAGUGUAGUUGGAAUAAGAUCCUUCUCAGGAGUUUUAGCAUACAGUAUGAGUAAAUCAGCAAUUGAUCAAUUCACACGAUGUAUAGCUCUUGAUCUUGCACCAAAACAAGUGAGGGUUAAUGCCGUAAAUCCUGGUGUAAUAAUAACAAAUCUUCAUAGAAGUAGUGGAAUGUCAGAAGACCAAUUAAAAGCAUUCUUUGCUAAGAGUAAAGAAACUCAUGCACUUGGCAGAACAGGAGAUCCUAGCGAGGUUGCAAAAGCAAUUACAUAUUUGGCAAGUGACGAUGCCAGCUUCACUACAGGUGUAACUUUAUCUGUUGAUGGAGGAAGACAUCUCAUGUGUCCUCGCUAAAUUAUAUUUUAUAUAUGGUGGAAAUAAUAAUUUUAUACCUUUUUAAUUAAAAAUAUGAUAAAAGUUACAUUCAACAUUAAUAUAUUGUAUUCUUUUUAGAAAUAUUUCUCAUGUUAAAAAAAGUAACGUUUCUCAAUAAAUAAAUAGUUUAAAUUUGA